CUGUUUCUCUCCUCUUCUAACAAACUCUAUUUUCUUCCUUCUUCUACGAAGCUUCCUCUUUGAAAUGGGAAACGCCCUUAGAUUUCUCUAUGGCGGAUGUUGCAAGCCCCAGUCUGAUGAGCCUGAUUCUUUGGGCCCACAUGGAGUCACCAUCUCCACCGUCGGUGUAUCUGCUCUCGCCCACGAUCUCUUCCAAUUCGACAUCACAUCUCAGGUUCCCCAAGGGCUGAGUCAACAUGUUGUGUCAUCGAAGAAGGCUCAAGCUAACUGGUACAAGAAACUUCAUCAAGCAUGGAAGGAAGCCAAACCCCCACCAAAAACACCUGAAGAUGCAGCUAAGCUUAUUACACAGACCUUGAAGAAGCAUAAAAAAGCUGAUGUAGAGGGUCUUCUGGCCUUCUAUGGUCUCCCUCUUCCCCACGCUCUUGUUGAAGUUGAAACUUCAAGCACUCCAGCAUACCAGCCGCAACAUUGGAAGUUCGAGCUCCACACACUUCCAGUGGAUGCUAAAGCUGUUGCAGAUGGAGAUGGGAUUACAGUGUAUGUGGAUACAAGGGAUCCAAGGGAGUCAGCUAAUGUUCCUAUAGAAGUACAUGAAUACGCAAUUCGAAGAUCCAAAGCACGGGCAGUGAAAAACUAUGCCGAAGCAGAUGCGCUUCAGAAGAACAUUGUUGAUGCAGGAUAUAGAGUCAUAAAUGGUCCAAAUAAUGAUGAUAUUCUCGCGCGAAAGUAUCGAAUUAGGUUAAGGGGAAUUGACGCGCCGGAGAGUGCGAUGCCUUUCGGAAAGCAAGCAAAGGAAGAACUAGUUAAACUGGUUCAAGGGAAGAGUUUGAAAGUCUGCAUUUACGGUGAAGACCGCUAUAAUAGAUCCGUUGGUGAUGUAUAUUGCAAUGGUACAUUUGUGCAGGAAUUUAUGUUAAAGAAAGGGCUUGCAUGGCAUUACGUUGCAUAUGACCAACGUCCUGAAUUUGCAUUAUGGGAAAAAGAGGCCCGUGCUGCUCGUGUCGGAUUAUGGGCUUCAUCAAAUCCUGAAAAACCAUGGGAAUGGAGGAAAGAUAGACGGAAUGGCGUGUAAGAAGUGAUGAUGUGGUUUAGGUCCCUCAAUCAAUGGACCUGAUCCUACUACACAGGCCUUGUUUAAUAAUCAACAGUCUUAGAAUUUGUUGUAACAUCAAGUCAAUGUAAGUAACCAAAGAGCAAAAGGAUUCAAAUCCAAAGGACUUAGCAUCGUAACAUACACCAAGAAAGGACUGAACUGAUAUUGGUUUUUUGUGUAUUGUUUAUUUCUAACAAUCUCCUUAAUUGCAAUCAUGUUUAGAACCAUGAAAUUUCAAAUCAACAAUAUAUGUAGUUGCACUUUGCAUUUCA